AUGCCUUCUCAAGAAUUCCUUAACGCUGUCGACAAGGUCAACAAGCUUACCAAGCGUCCCUCCGAUGACGAACUUCUCGAACUUUACGGUCUUUACAAGCAGGCUACCAUUGGUGAUAAUGAGACUCCUAAGCCUGCCAUCUACGACCUUAAGGGCAAGUACAAGUGGAACGCUUGGAACGAGCUUCAGGGCACUUCUCAGGAAGAAGCUGAGAAGAAGUACAUUGAGCUUGUCGAGAAGAUUUCUGCUCGUCUUGCCGCCGAGUAA